AUGGGGAGGAAGCCUGAUCCGGCGAAGCCACACUCCGGUGUGGGCUCCGCCUCGCCCAAGGCGGCGAGGAGGGCGCCGCCUUCACCAUUAUUCCUCGGCACGGCUCUGUUCGUUCUAGGCUUCGUAUCGCUCUUCACCGGGCACAUCGUCACCGACGCCGACUGGUCGCGGAUCCGGAGCCGGUGGCGGUCCAAUCAGGUUAGAAAUAAUGGACCCAUUGAUAUUUGGAAAUCAAGGUAUUCCAACUUGUACUACGGAUGCAGUGGGAGGAGCCCAGAGUUAAGAGCUGCUGUGCCCGAGAACAGUUCUACCGGUUACUUGCUCAUUGGAACUAGCGGGGGGCUGAACCAACAGCGCAUAGGGAUAAUAGAUGCUGUUGUUGUUGCCCGGAUUUUGAAUGCCACACUCGUUGUACCCGAGUUGGACCACCACUCAUUCUGGAAGGAUGACAGCGACUUCUCCGAUAUUUUUGAUGCGGACUGGUUCAUUUCAUACCUAUCAAAGGAUGUAACUGUUGUUAAAAGGAUCCCUUAUGAAGUGAUGACAUCAAUGGAUAAACUCCCAUGGACUAUGCGGGCACCUAGAAAGUCCAUGCCUGAGUUCUACGUCGAUGAAGUCUUGCCUAUUCUGAUGCGAAGGCGAGCUUUGCAACUAACUAAGUUUGAUUAUCGUCUCACCGGUGAGCUUGAUGAAGAAUUGCAGAAGUUACGGUGUCGAGUAAACUUUCAUGCGUUAAGAUUUACACGAUCCAUACAAAGUCUGGGUAGAAAGUUGGUGCGGAGGCUGAGAACCAUGAGCUCGCGAUAUGUUGCCAUUCACUUGAGGUUUGAACCUGACAUGCUUGCAUUUUCUGGCUGCUACUACGGUGGCGGUGAAAAAGAAAGAAAGGAACUUGCUGAAAUCAGGAAACGAUGGGAUACAUUACCUGACUUGAGUGCUGAGGAUGAGCGCACUAGGGGAAAAUGUCCAUUAACUCCCCACGAAAUUGGUUUAAUGCUGCGAGCUCUUGGUUUUGGCAAUGAAACUUACCUGUAUGUUGCUUCUGGAGAAAUAUAUGGUGGAGAAGAAACUCUCCGACCUCUGCGGGAACUCUUUCCAAACUUCUACACCAAGGAGAUGCUUGCUGGGGAUGAUUUGAAACCAUUCCUUCCGUUUUCUUCACGAUUGGCUGCUGUUGACUUCAUUGUCUGUGAUGAGAGUGAUGUUUUUGUUACAAAUAAUAACGGAAACAUGGCCAAGGUAUUAGCUGGCCGCAGGCGAUACAUGGGCCACAAGAGAACUAUUCGCCCAAACACGAAAAAGCUCAAUGUAUUAUUUCAGACACGAAAUCAAAUGGGUUGGGAUAUAUUUGCGCGGAAGGUAAAGAAAAUCCAGCGGGGCCUUAUGGGGGAACCAGAUGAUGCCAGACAUGGACGAGAUGAUUUCCAUGAAAUGCCAUCAUCUUGUAUCUGUCAAAGAAUACCAGCGAACAGAUCAUUAACGGUACAAACUGAUAAGUUGGCAGCCCAAGUGAGCUAGAAAACGAGAAUUCUGGGAAAUUCAUUGAGCCUGGCGUUGAUGCAUUGGGAAAGUACAUAUUUGCUA